AAGAGAUGCAGCAGAGAGUGAAGGGGAGGCCGCUGCUGUUGGAGCAGGUUGCACAGAGGAAUGCCAAACAGGCGGCGGAGAAGCGCUACACAGACGCUCUGCAUGGAUGUGAUCUGACGGAAGACUUUAUCAGCAGCAAGGCGGCUAAAUCAGGAUCUGCACACGAAGCCCCCUCCCCGUCCAGCGACAGCACUCAGAGUGAACAAGAGGAGCCGGACAUGGGAUACAAACCUGUGCACUACAGGAAGGUCUUCCUGGAUGAUGAAGACGUGGAAGUGGAUACGGACGAAAAGGCUGGAAGAAGCGGCGAGGCUUCACUUCCCCACCGUGACAGCGAGGACGCCUGCAGCCACCUCUCGGAUCAGGAUUAUCGUGGUGGUCGUCAUCUCCACGACUCAGAUGAAAGUUACUCAGACGAUCAUGAGAAUUAUUCAGACGACAGCGAGCACGACGCUGACACCACACGGCAGGACGCAGGGAAGUGAUGUCAUCAAAGCGCUUGAUUCAAGUGGCCAUGCUAUGUCUAAAAACUCUGAUGACAAGUGAGCAGGAACACUGAAGAGGAAGCUUCUUAUUUAACGAUAAGAUUGUAAAUAUUCUGGAACUUCCAGAGAUUCAUACGUAAUAAACACUCGUUAGUUUCCUCGAUCGUGAACGAGGUUGUUGCAGAAUUAUUCUUGCAUUACUGUAAUUGAAACAAAUGUCAAAUGUAAAGUAUUGUAUUGUGAUUUCCAGCAAAAAGCAGUAAAUGCACAAGUUUUACAUUUAAUGAAACGUUUGUGGACGCAGCCACAGGUCGUGUUCUCAGUGCACACUUUACAUUCAAGGGUCUCAGGAAGACAAAUCCAUACAACAUACUACUCUCCACAGCAUUUACUACAUAGGCCUAGUGAUUGUCAUAAUAUACUAUUCAAGCAGUUAGUAAACAAAAACAAUGUUAAUACAAUAAUAAUGUUUCUGGCUCUGUUAUUUAUUUGGGGACAUAUCGCUUGUUGGACGGCACUGAAGAUAAAAGAUUUACCAGAUGACAUGACUUCACAUAAAUGGAGUAAUAUUGAUUGCUAUAUGAAUAACCUUGUUUAUGUCACACUGGACCAUCUACAAUAAAGCCUCUUAUUCA